AUGCUUCUCCGCUCUUCACAUCGGCACAUAAUUGCUCUAACUCGCAGUCCAAGAUCUGUGUUCUUUGCGCGUUCAUUUUUACCUCGCCCUAGUUACGGUACAAGACCGAUGUCGGCCACAGCUCCGCGGCCCGAUCCCUUUCGUCCUGCCCAGCGGGUGGCAGGACAGCGUCAGGAUGUCUGGUCAAUCGUCAACGAGGCAGCCGCUGCUUCGCCGGUCCAGCCGAUCGUGAACAUGGGCCAAGGGUUUUUUGGUUAUAAUCCUCCCAAGUUCGCUAUCGACGCUGCGAAGGAUGCGCUCGACCGAGUGGAAUGCAACCAAUAUUCGCCUACGAAGGGUCGUCCUCGCCUCAGAAAAGCUAUUGCAGACGCCUACUCGCCUUUCUUUGGCAGAGAGCUGAAUCCUGAGACCGAGGUCUCGAUCACAACGGGCGCAAAUGAGGGCAUGCUCAGCGCUUUCAUGGGCUUUAUUGAGCCCGGUGACGAAGUUAUUGUUUUUGAGCCCUUCUUCGACCAAUAUAUUAGCAACAUUGAGAUGCCUGGCGGUACUGUCCGCUAUGUUCCUCUCCAUCCGCCCAAGGAUGGUGCCACUAGAACUUCACCUGCAUCGGACUGGACCGUUGACUUUGAUGAGCUUGAAGCUGCCAUGAACCCCAAGACUAAGAUGAUUGUUUUGAACUCCCCGCACAACCCCGUCGGCAAGGUGUUCUCUCGCGAGGAGCUUGAGCGCAUUGGCGAAUUAUGUGUGAAGUACAACCUCAUCAUCUUGUCCGAUGAGGUGUACGAUCGUCUCUUCUACGUUCCCUACACAAGAAUUGCCACCCUUUCCCCAGAGCUGUAUGAGCGCACCUUGACCGUUGGCUCUGCGGGCAAGGCCUUCUACGCCACUGGAUGGCGUGUUGGGUACCUCCUUGGCCCUGAACAUCUGAUUAAGUAUGUUGCCGGUGCACACACUCGUAUCUGCUACAGCAGUGUGUCUCCUCUUCAGGAAGCUGCCGCCGUUGCUUUCGAGCAGGCUGAAAAGGAGGGCUUCUGGGAUGAAAGCCGAACCGAUAUGAAGGGCAAGAUCGAACGUUUCUGUGAGGUCUUCGAUGAGCUUGGUAUUCCCUACUCCGAUCCUGAGGGUGGAUACUUCGUUCUUGUCAAUAUGGCCUCCGUGAAACUCCCAGCUGACUAUCCCUUCCCACCCCACGUCGCUGGUCGUCCUCGGGAUUUCAAGCUCUGCUGGUUCCUUAUCCACGAGGUUGGCGUUGCCGCUAUUCCUCCCACGGAGUUCUACACCGAGGAAAAUGCUCACCUUGCGGAAGAUUAUCUUCGCUUUGCGGUCUGCAAGAACGAUGAUGUUCUUGAAACUGCCAAGGAGCGCCUGAGGGGACUGAAGAAGUAUAUCACUCAGUAA